GAUCUGAGCUGACCCUCACGCAGUUCCGCGAGUCCAAAAUGGCGCUAUGUUUACGUCUAUCCAGAGUUGUUUUUCAUCCCUAGCAAGUCUCAUGGAGAGAUUUGACGACUGCGGCGCCCGGAAAAGAUAAUUUGACCCAUUGUUCAACUGCAGCGACACUGAUCCGCGAGCAGCGGGAGUUCGAUCUCUGAGUGUGGAGUUCUCCGGCAGCAGUGGGAGUCAGGAUGCAGACGGAGUCCGCCGACUCUUCACUGAGAGAGGGCAUCGAGGCUCUGGGCGUGAGGGACACAGAGGAGGCUUCGGCGGCCAAAGAGGCAGCGGAGACUCACGCGGAGCAACAGGACACCGAGCAGGCAGCUGCCCCCGAGCAAGAGGAGGACACCGCGACCAAGGAUGAAAACGGCGGAGACGUGGACACAGUGGAAGGAGAGGCACACGCGGAUGAGAUCCUUACGGACACUGGCGUGAAUGGUGAUGAGGGAAAGCAGGCUGCCGAGGUGGAUGGCGAAUGGGAGCUUGCAUACAGCGACGAGGAAAUGGAGGACCCCAAAAACUGGAUGCCCCCUCCUACUGAGAUCAAAAGACUCUAUGAGCUCCUUGCUAAAGGAGAGAUGCUGGAAUUGAACUUUAUACCCCUUCCCAGAAGGUCCCCUACACCCGAACGUACCCAGUCACCGGAAAGAGAUGACGAGGAAGAGGCAGCGAAGGACAGGGAGAGGGAGGAGAGAGCGCGCAAGCCUCUAUCUCCAACUGAGUUUGACUUCGAUGAGGAACAAACGCAAGCCACUCCGAAAAAUGCCUUCAUCAACAGACGCAGAACACCAGGCUCUUCAGCCCGCUCCUCUGUGAAAAGGGAAGCUCGGCUGGACAAAGUGCUGUCAGACAUGAAGCGCCACCGCAAGAUCGAGGAGCACAUCAUGCGCACGGGCCGAGAUCUGUUCAAGACCGAAAAAAAGAUUGAGAUAGCCCUGUCUCCCAACAGCCAGCAGGAGCGGGAGAAGGAGCGGGAACGAGACAGCAACCCAAACACCAUCUUCUCGCCGAGACAGAGGAGAUACUGAGGUGUUAGGGGAAAUGAGGACUUGCCCAUAGGCUUCAAACGGACACAUGCUUUCCAAGGCUUUCUCAAAACUUGAAUUUUUUAAUGUAAUAAGUUUUGUAUGUUUUGUAUGUGUUUUGUAUAAUGGCAAUAAACAUUUUAACCCUGGAAUAACUCA